GGCAGCCCAGGAGGACGCGAGUCCCCCCUCACUGCCCGGCAGCACCGACGGCUGCUGCCCUGCCUCAUCCCGGCAGCACCGGCGGCCACGGGCCGGGCCACAAGCGCCGCGGGGCAAGGGAGCCAUGACCGUGCUCAAGCUGUCCCUCAUGGCCUUCAGCUUCGUCUUCUGGGUGGCAGGGCUGACCAUGCUUAUCAUCGGCCUCUGGGCCAGGGUGUCGCUGGGCAGCUACCUGGUGCUGUCGGCCAAUGACUACCCCAGCGCGCCCACCAUUUUGUUGGCCACAGGCGCCGCCGUCAUCAUCUGGGGCUUCCUAGGCUGCUUCAGUGCUGCCACGGAGCAUCAGGGCCUCCUGCGCACCUACAGCGCCUUUCUGACUGCUGUGCUGGUGGCCGGGCUGGUGGCAGGGCUCUUGGGACUCCUGUACCGCCAGGACAUUGCACAGGGCUUCCAGGAAGGGCUACGCGAGGCCCUGCAUGCCUACGGUGAAGACGAGCGGAAGGCAGACGCACUGGACGCCUUGCAGCGCGCCUUGGCCUGCUGCGGCGUGGAGAGCUACCGCGACUGGCUCGCCUCCCCCUGGGCAGUGGAACAAAAUGGCUCCGUGCCUCUCAGCUGCUGCCGGGCCCGCCAUGGCUGCCAGCAGCGGCUGCCCCACACCCACGGGCUGCACCCCGAUGGCUGCUUCAGCAAGGUCUCGGCCUUCGUCAGCAGCAACAUGUUCUAUGUUGCCACGGCCGCUCUGGGGCUGGCACUGCUACAGCUCAUUGGCAUCGUGCUAGCUUGCCUGCUGGCUGCCCGCAUCCCUGCCCACCCGCUGGGCAUCACCAGCCCCCGCUGAGACCCCCCGGGGUCCCCUUCUCCCCUCCAGGCCCCUUCCUUCCCCCAGACCCAGGAGAUCUGGGUGCUCCUUGAUUGGAAAAUCCUUCCUCCACAUUCCCCAGUUCCACCUGAGCUUCCUCUACCAAAUCCCAUUCCUCUUCUGAAGCCUGUACCAGAGGCAUCAGCACUACAGGCAUCUCCAAAUCCCCCACACUGUAUCUCUGGAAAUACAGUGGCUCCACAGCCUCUCAGAUCUGGGAAGGUGCCUCCUCUUCUGGCUGUGCCCCCUGCAUGGCUGCAGAUUCCCGCUGCCCCUCUGGAGCCUCUGGAUGCCUUCCACAGACAGCGGUGGCAGCAGGGGCAGGUGUCACCAUCUGGGGCAGCAUGGACAGCUGGGUCAAGGCUCACCAGUUGUCCUGGUGAUGUGUGCAUACUGGGGCACAGAAGUGGGGCCCAGGAAUGAGGCAGGCAAGAGAGGUGUCUCUCAGCAUUACAUGGGGUGAGUUUUCUUCUGAGACUGGGAACUGAGGACAGCAUAAUGUUACUGAAAAAUGAUCGGCAGUUGCAGCUGCUGGAGUGCCAAAGGUGCAGGACUGGUCAGCGUGCUCCCAGACAGCUAUGCCAGCAGCUGCUGUCAGGGGUUGCAUGAGGAACUGUCUAGACUAGACACUGCAUGACCUGCCACUGCAUUUCACUAUCUGGCAGGUCCCCUGCACUGCACGCCUGUGCAAAGAUUUCCUAUAUGUGUUUUGUAUAGGUUAAAGCUAUUCAGCUGCGAAGAGUGGUUUUCCUGCCAUGGUAUUUCUGAUCCUGAUCUCCAUCUAGAGAAGCUGUAAGUGCUACUGCUCCCUCCUUUAGGAUGUGCUCACUCUCUUAGCCAGUGCUUUGCUGGUUACGUCUCUGCAGGACUGAGCAGGCGUAAACCCAGGGCUCUGUCAUAGCAAACAAUGGGAAAAGCUGUAGAAUCAGAUUGGGCUAGGGGUGGGGAGAGGUGGGGAGAGCAUCUUUCCUUCAAAACUUGCUUUUGAACUUAUGCUAUUGACUUCAGUGAGUGGAACAGACUGUAAAACAGAUCUAAAAAUCAACCUUCAGGAUUCUUGACUUUUACUUUUUCCAAAAGAUUUGUCCCUGAGAUUCCACCCCCCUCCCAUUUUUGAAGCCAGAUCUAUAUAACCUGAGCAUAAGCAGAGGACUCCAAGACUUGCUGUGUAGCCCUGGGUGGCAGCAGUGCAAAUAUAAUGAAUUUUGUUUUUCCCAACAGUUUCAGGCUUCUAUCCAGAGCCUUAGGAAAAGCAAGGUAUGCAUUUUAGUCAUGAACUUUCAGCUCUUCCCCUGUGUUUCCUCCCAUUUCUUAAAAAUCUUUGAACUGAGCUUUUACCUAUUUCUCUGCCUCCGGGCUCAAAGACAUGCUGUACACUCAUCUUACCUAGCAAACUGGGGAGGGGGAGGAUUUCAGAAAAGAACCAAAAACUGUAACGGAAGUCCAGGAUUUGGCAUCUCUUGGGAACAUAGCUAGCAAAACAGUGAAGAAAGGGCAAAUGCUAACAAAUACCAGCAAGACAGGUAAUCUAUAAUGGAGAAGGAAAUGAAUAAUCACUUGGGAGGGAGGAGUGGAGUUCGCCUCAGGGAAAGGGGAUUAGAAGUAAAGCACUACUCCCACAGUAAUGAAUGCGUGGGGUAGGGAGCAAGGAAGGCUCUGAUUUUCUUCAUCGCUUGGCUUUACUACUUUCUACUACUCUGGCUUUCUCUUCUCUGCCCACUGGAGCACAAUUGCUUGAUUGCUAGGACUAGCCAGGCGGAGGCUCCAUCCCAUCGGUGAGGAAGGCGAGAGCAGCAGAGGAUGGAGCUUGUCCCAGACCGCUGUUUUGAGGGGUGCCUGCUCCCUCAGGUGAGAUGGGCAAAGGGAGGAGCAAAACCGAUUGCUGCCUUUCCGUGGGGAAAAACAGAUGGAAAACCCUGGCCCUCCCUCAGCCCCAUCCUGCAAGAGCUCUCCCACGCUGCAGCCAGCUCCCAGAACAUGUCACCGGGACUCCAUCACGGGAAGGAUCAUGUGAGAUGUGGCGCUAAACCUCCUCCUUCUGUUUAAAUCCUUGCAAUUUCUGUACCUAAAACAAUCUUGUCCCGGUAUUUCUAUUUUUCCCCCUUGGAGAUCUUCAGUCCUCACUGAAAAUAGACUUCUAGGAUUUUGUUCGACAGUAUUCCUGGGGGUGAAGCCAGGGAAGAGGCCAUAUUCACUCUCAAGGAUUCUUAUUUUAAAUAUCUUUCCUGCUUUUAAUGGUUUAUACCAGUUAAAAAUACCUGGAAAUACUACCCCUUCAUGAAGGGCAGUGAGGCCCCCCUUUUUUUGUCCUCCACCAGUCUCCUUUUUUGGAAGAGGGUUUGCUCGAGUGUACUGUGAAUCUGUCCCACCUGCAGGACUGUAACUCUUUCCUACCUGGGGAUAGUGCUGCAAUUUUUUAUGUUGAUAACAGUCGCUGACUUGCUGGACUGCUCUCAUAAAGGUGUAGUAUUCCUGAAGAUUGCUGCAGGCUUGUCUAGAAACCAUAGAGAGAAUUGCCAUGAUUUACAUUAACAAUUGCACAAGCUUGAUGGCAGUUGAGAAUGUAAAAAAAUAAUACAAUGCAAACAGUGUAAGUGACAUUGCUCACCAGAUAUAUAAAGUAGUUUAAAGUUUGAAAUAAGAUUCAGAGAAGGACUGCUUGAAUCCAGAACAGUGUUUACAAACAAAUCUGCAAGGAGCAGCCAGAAGUAUCUGGCACACAUUGGAAUACAAACUGAUUUUGCUGCUCUAUUUAGUUCCAUGACCAAAGAUCAUUUAUACAGUCCCCUGGAGGUCAGUACUUCUGACCAAAGCUCAGGAGGUUAAAAGUAUAAAAAGAAAAAUUGGGUUCUGUUAUGAUAAUCUCUGGGUUUUUUUGGAAGUGUUAGCAGUUGGGAGAAGUAAGGUAUCCUCAUUUUAGGAAGGUUUACAAAGCCUUGGUCUGUAAUAUGCCUGUUUGGAGAGCAGUUCUGGUCUGCAUGGAUGGAGCUUUGUCUGUGAACUGAAGAGUGAUUCUGGAUUAAUGCUUAUGCUCUGUUUGGAUGUUAGUUGUGACUUGAUUGUCCAUUUGUCCAGAAAUUAGAUGACUAUGUAACUAAGUAAUAUGAUAAUCAUGUUCCAGGUGAAAAGUGCAAUGUAAACAGGCUUCUUACAGUCAUUUGAUUAUUCAUCUGCAUAGGUGGACUCAGGAAAUGUGUUAGGAUAUCUCUUUAUAGAGAAAACAGUGUUUCAUUUUUUUAAUCACUGAUUUUUUAUUGUUUAUUCUCUUUUUUUUUUGUUGUUUGUAAAUGUCCCCUUACUAACACUGCUUCUUUUUGGAGCUAUAUACUCGUGUAACUCCUCUUGUUUUCCAGAAUUCAGUCAUUUUGUACAGUUUUAACAAUGGGCAAAAAGUACAGCUCGUAUGGGUAAUGGUAUUAGUAUUUCAGAAAUAAAGUCUAGCAAGUGUUAUGAGUGAAGCUGUCUAUAUUUUAUAUACACAGAUGUGAGGUCACUGUCAACUGAUUUGGAUCAUGCAAGGUACCAUUUAAAAGCAGAUUCAAAACUUGUAUUUCUGUAUGUCUCUUCAUGCUUCAACUAAGUACAAGUGAAGUGUAAAUGAAAUGUACACUGAAUGUAAAGACAGAAGCCUACUGUGGUUUCAUAUUCAGAAAGAUCCAUUAAAGAACCAAUAAAACAAAUGCUAUGGAGA